AUAGUGACCUGAUAUUUCCUCUCUGUCCCCUGUUCCCACCGCUGCACCAGUGCAAUGCCAAAGCUGCAACACUAGCGAGCCGAUUUUCCCAUUUUCACAGCCCUUAAGUGGGGAUCGCCGUCGCAUUUUCACUCUUCUUCUUUCUUUUCUUUUCUGGAGCAAGCCGCGAGCGGGGUUUUCGGACAUGCCUAACAUCGUGCUUUUUAGCGGGAGCUCACACCACGACCUGUCCCAGAAAGUGGCUGAUCGGCUGGGACUGGAGCUGGGGAAAGUGAUAACGAAGAAAUUCAGCAACCAGGAGACAUGCGUGGAAAUCGGGGAAAGCGUGCGCGGAGAGGAUGUGUACAUUGUGCAGAGCGGCUGCGGCGAGAUUAACGACAACCUAAUGGAGCUGCUAAUCAUGAUCAAUGCCUGCAAGAUUGCCUCGUCAUCCCGCGUCACCGCCGUCAUCCCCUGCUUCCCCUACGCCCGGCAGGACAAGAAGGACAAGAGUCGGGCACCCAUAUCAGCCAAGCUGGUGGCGAACAUGCUGUCCGUGGCUGGCGCUGACCACAUCAUCACAAUGGACCUCCACGCCUCACAGAUCCAGGGAUUCUUCGACAUCGCCGUAGACAACCUUUAUGCAGAGCCUGCUGUUCUGCAGUGGAUCAGAGAAAAUAUCCCCGAGUGGAAAAACUGCAUCAUCGUGUCCCCAGACGCCGGCGGUGCAAAACGCGUGACGUCCAUCGCGGACCGCCUGAACGUGGACUUUGCCCUCAUACACAAAGAGAGGAAGAAGGCCAACGAAGUGGACCGCAUGGUGCUGGUGGGAGACGUCAAGGACCGCGUGGCCAUCCUGGUGGACGACAUGGCCGACACCUGUGGCACCAUCUGCCACGCUGCCGACAAGCUGAUUGAUGCCGGCGCGGUAAAAGUCUACGCCAUCCUCACGCACGGCAUUUUCUCCGGCCCGGCCAUCUCUCGCAUCAACAGCGCCCCGUUCGAGGCCGUGGUGGUGACCAACACCAUCCCACAGGAGGAGAAGAUGAAGGCGUGCCCGAAAAUACAGGUCAUCGACAUCUCCAUGAUCCUGGCCGAGGCGAUCAGGAGAACCCACAACGGCGAGUCAGUGUCCUACCUCUUUAGCCACGUACCCUUGUAAAGAGGGAGAGGGGGCGACCCUGGGCCGCCUCUCUCCCCCCCACCUCCCCACCCUGCCCCAUCAGGUCACUCACCUGGCACCUGUUGCCACAUUUCCUCCAGAAAAGCUCAAAAAACGAGCCUGAUGUUUUUGGCCAAACACCUUGUGACUGUUUUAAGGUCACUCCCACACAUCCUCUUUGACAUUUUCCACCAGGAGACCAGAGCGACAAUAUCACUUCAUUCUCCGAAGACCAAGUUUAUAUUUAUGAGCAUCUCUUUUUUUUUUUUUUUUGCAUUCCUUCAUGUCAUGUGCAAAGAAAUAUUUUGACCCUUUCCCUUUCUGCUUCGCAAAGUAAUAAAAAGAAAAAUAGUGAAAAUGUGAAAUGUGCACCUUUCUUCCCCUCAAGUGUUUGCUUUAAGAGCUGCUACAAGUAUUAAAAUAACAGAGCCUAAUCCUUUCCUAAUGCUCCGUUGAUUGUAAUAGGGUAUGCUUAGCGCCAUCAUCAGGCCACAGACGGGAGCUGCACCACAAGUGGAAAUGUGUGGAUGUGACCACAGACACGAACGUCAGCCGAAUCGGAGAACACAGGUCGUUCACUCAGUUUUUUGGGGUUUUCAUAGCGAGCCUCGUGAAUGUGCUGAAGUGUCUUACCUCUGCAGUGUCAUAUCCCCCAACGUAAGCUACUGUCAACCUUCUCUCCCUCGAUGUUAUACAGUUUCAGCUUUGCCAACUGUCUGACAGGUCUGUCGUUGAUUCAGGGUGUCUAACGGGGGGCGUAGCGGGUGCUGCGCUCACGUUCCAAGAGGUCACGAAAAGAAACUGAGCCCAAAGCUUUGUUUUAUAGUGUUAAGAAUUCAACCGUGAUUUGACAUGAGGAUGGUGUAAUUGUAAUCAUAGCUGUAAGGGGUCGCCGUAGUUCCAGUGAGGCACGUUUCAUUGUUUGCCUGUAGGUGGAUUUAUAGUAAAACUAAUAAAAAAAAAAGUUGGUGGAAAAGCAUGAUGUAUUUUUUUUAUAUGUAACACUUCAACCUCUUUGACAAUAAAGCUUUGACAAUGACUUACA